UGCCCAAAUCGUCCACACAGAGAGAGUUAGCAGGAAAGAAAUCUCCGAUUCGAUCUACAUCUCCGUCGAGUUCAGUUCAAAUCCCGUUCGAGAAAACAAAGAAAAAUGGUUGCGAAUCAGCCGGAGAAGGAGCACCCGAUGCCGGCCUUUGGUUUGGCUGCCAGAGACCCAUCUGGAGUCCUCUCCCCCUUCAACUUCUCCAGAAGGGCGACAGGGGAGAAAGAUGUCAAGUUUAAGGUAAUGUACUGCGGGAUUUGCCAUUCGGAUCUUCACAUGAUCAAGAACGAGUGGGGCACCAGCACAUAUCCUCUUGUCCCUGGGCACGAGAUCGUGGGAGAAGUGACGGAGGUGGGGAGGCAAGUGGAGAAAUUCAAGGUCGGAGACAGAGUAGGCGUCGGGUGCAUGGUCGGAUCAUGCCGCUCCUGCGACAAUUGCUCCAACGGAGUGGAGAAUUACUGCCCCAAAAUGAUCCUAACCUACGCCGGGACCUACCACGACGGGACAAUCACCUACGGCGGCUACUCCGACGUCAUGGUCUGCGACGAGCACUUCGUGGUCCGAGUCCCCGACGCCCUGCCCCUCGACGCCGCCGCGCCUCUGCUCUGCGCCGGGAUCACGCUGUACAGCCCGUUGAGGUACUACGGGCUCGACAAGCCCGGGAUCCACGUCGGCGUCGUCGGGCUCGGCGGGCUGGGCCACGUCGGGGUCAAGUUCGCCAAAGCUAUGGGCGCCAAGGUCACCGUCAUCAGUACCUCCCCUGCCAAGAAGCAGGAGGCCAUUGAGCGACACGGUGCGGACUCGUUCCUGGUCAGCCGCGACCAGGAACAAAUGCAGGCUGCAAUGGGGACGUUGGAUGGGAUAAUCGACACGGUUUCAGCGGUACACCCAAUAAUGCCAUUGAUUGGGCUGUUGAAGACGCACGGGAAGUUGGUGCUGGUCGGUGCGCCGGAGAAGCCGCUUGAGUUGCCGGUUUUCCCUCUGCUGAUGGGAAGGAAGAUAGUUGGGGGGAGCUGCAUUGGGGGAAUGAAGGAGACGCAAGAGAUGCUCGAUUUCGCGGCGAAGCACAACAUCACGGCGGAUAUCGAGGUUAUAUCGGCCGAUUAUGUGAACACGGCGAUGCAGCGCCUUGAGAAGGGUGAUGUUAAGUACCGAUUUGUGAUCGAUGUGGCCAACACUCUGCAGCAAGCUUAAGUUUUUGUGUGUGUAAAACAAUAGGCAGAGUGUUCAAUGGGGAUUUUGUUGAGUUAUUAGUAAACGACUAGCGUAGGC